AUGGUUGACACAGAACGGGAUGCUCGAGCUAAGGAGCGAACAAUUCUACGUCGAGAUGGCAUAGUGGCUAGGAUUCGCCAUAUUCAUCAACUGGCUUCUAGCUUAGCAACUGACCAGGCUGUUCGGCCUCAGUUAGCUGUUGCUAUUCAGGACCUGGAUGCAUUGUGGGCCAGUUUUGAGGUAGAAAAUAAUGGAUUGUUGUCAAUCUUAUCUGAUUUGGAUUUGCUGACCGAGUUUCCGGUAGGGUUGGAGGUUGAGGUCCGGUCAUUGGUAGUGGAAAUUAAGGCUGUGUGGAAUGAAGCGCAACCAGCUUCAUGUAUGAGCAUUGGUACUGUUCAGCGAGUGACGUAUGAGACCACCGGUGACAAUUCGAGUACUUCUGUUGGGUCGUCCAAAGAUUGUCCUGUACCAUAUGCGCCUUCACCUUCGGCAACCAUGAGACUACCUGAAAUUCCCCUUCCAUAUUUCGACGGUGAAUGCCAGAACUGGCCAGCUUUUAGGGACUUAUUCGGCAAUUUGGUAGCCAAUAAUGACAAGAUUCUUAAUGUAACCAAGUUUUAUUAUUUGGUCGGGUGUCUUCACCCCGAUCCCCAGGAAGUGAUCAAAGGGUUUUCCAUUUCGAACGAGUCUUUCACCCUCGCCUGGGAUGCGUUGGUCGAACGCUAUGACAAACCGCGCAGGUUGGCGUCGUCAAUCAUCGACAAGUUGAUAAACGCUCCUGUUGCUAGUUCGGAGAAUCAUGCUGCUCUGCAGAAGUUCCUAUCAGUUUUUGAUGAAAAUAUUGCAAUUUUGGAAUCGCUUCGGAUUCCAGAUUUAGCGUCGUUCUUGUUGUUCUCGUUGGCUGCUCGGUGCUUACCUACAUUUUCUAGACGUCAGUUCGAGUCUGAAAAUAACGAAGAGUAUCCAUCGAUCCAGAGAGUGAUCAAGUUUGUCAAGGCAAGGAUCCAGGUUAUCGAGAACGCUGGUGUACAGCCGUCAGGAAGUUCGUCCAGACUAAGCUAG